CCGGGCCCGGCGGAGGCUCUGGCUGACGAUGCAGGGGCCGGGGCCGGAGCCGCGGGAGGCGGGCGGCGAGGGGCUGGGGCCGGGGGCGGCGCGCGGGCCGGCGCGGCUCUGCGGCUACCUGCAGAAGCUGUCGGGCAAGGGCCCGCUGCGCGGCUACCGCAGCCGCUGGUUCGUGUUCGACGCGCGCCGCUGUUACCUCUACUACUUCAAGAGCCCGCAGGACGCGCUGCCGCUCGGCCACCUGGACAUCGCGGACGCCUGCUUCAGCUACCAGGGCCCCGACGAGGCGGCCGGCACCGAGCCGCCCGCGCACUUCCAGGUGCACAGCGCGGGCUCCGUCACGGUGCUCAAGGCUCCUAAUCAUCAGCUCAUGACCUACUGGUUGCAGGAGCUUCAGCAGAAGAGAUGGGAAUAUUGCAACAGCCUUGACAUGGUGAAGUGGGACAGCAGGACCUCCCCAGUGCCUGGGGACUUUUCUAAGGGUCUGGUAGCCAAAGGCAACACAGAGUUGAUUUAUCCGCAUCCAAACGCAUCUGCAGAAAAAGCCAGAAAUGUCCUAGCGGUGGAGACGGUCCCCGGAGAGCUGGUGGGAGAACAAGCUGCCUGUCAGCCGGCUCCAGGGCACCCCGGCCCCAUUAACUUCUCUUUGAAACAGUGGGGCGCCGAGCUCAGAAAUUCAAUGUCUUCGUUCCGUCCCGGGAGAGGGCAUAACGACAGUCGGAGGAGUGUGUUCUACACCAGUGAGGAGUGGGAGCUCUUAGACCCAAACCCCAAGGACCUGGAGGAGCGGGCGGCGCAGGAAGGAAACAAGAGGCAGAGCCCCGAGGGCGGCAAAGGAGCGACUGGCUCAGGAUUUCCCUUUGAUUUGGGACGUAUUCCCUACAAAGGAAAGCGCCCUUUGAAAGACAUGAUUGGUUCCUACAAAAAUCGUCAAAGUGGUGGCGACCCGUCCACUGAAGGGACGUCAGGCCGUGGCGGUGCCAGCAUGCCGGCCCCAGAAACACAGCUGCAGGCGCAGAGCCAGCAGGAGGAGCUGGAGCAGUUGAGGAAAGACCUCGCCAGUCAGAAGGAGCUUGUUCGGCUCCUGCAGCAGACCGUGCGGUCGUCCCAGUACGACAAGUACUUCGCCAGCAGCCGGCUCUGCGAGGGGGUUGCCGGGGACACGCUCGAGCUUCUGCACCGAAAGGACGACCAGAUCCUGGGCCUCAGCAGCCAACUCGAGAGGUUCCGCCUAGAAAAGGAGAGCCUCCAGCAGGAGGCAAGGGCCCUGAAGGGCAAAGUGGGCGACCUCAGCGAGCAGCUGGGCAUGCUGAUGGAGACCAUCCAUGCCAAGGACGAGGUGAUCAUCAAGCUCUCGCGGCAGCUCAGCGAGGGGGAGGGCGGUGCGUCUUCUCCCACCUCUGCGCCCACCUCCCCGUUGGCCGCACCUGCCCCCAGGGACCUGCUGGAGCUGGACCGGCUGAAGGAUAGUCUACAGGGAUAUAAAACCCAAAAUAAAUUUCUAAAUAAGGAAAUCCUGGAACUCUCAGCUCUGAGAAGAAAUGCAGAGAGGAGAGAGAGAGAUCUGGUGGCAAAGUAUUCUAGCCUGGAAGCCAAGCUCUGCCAGAUAGAGAGUAAAUACUUGAUACUGCUCCAAGAAAUGAAGAUGCCGGUUUGCUCAGAAGAGCAGGGGCCUGCUCAGGACGUCAUCGCCCAGCUGCUGGAAGACGCUCUGCAGGUCGAGAGCCCUGAGCAGCCAGAGCAAGCCUUCAUUAAGCCUCACCCCGUCAGUGAAUAUGAUAUUUAUGGGUUUAGGACCGUCCCAGAGGACGACGAAGAAGAGAAGCUGGUUGCCAAAGUCCGGGCGCUGGACCUGAAGACGCUGCACCUGACGGAGAACCAGGAGGUGUCCACCGGGGUCAAGUGGGAGAACUUCUUUGCGAGCACGGUGAACCGGGAGAUGGCGUGCUCCCCAGAGCUGAAGGGCCUCAUCCGGGCGGGCGUUCCACACGAGCACCGAUCCAAGGUGUGGAAGUGGUGUGUGGACCUCCACACACGCAAGUUCCGGGACGGCACGGAGCCCGCGUACUUCCAGACGCUGCUGCAGAAGGCGCUGGAGAAGCAGAACCCCGCGUCCAAGCAGAUUGAGCUGGACCUGCUGCGGACACUACCCAGCAACAAGCACUAUGCGCGGCCCACCUCCGAGGGCAUCCAGCAGCUGCGCAGUGUGCUGCUGGCCUUCUCCUGGCGCAACCCGGACAUCGGCUACUGCCAGGGCCUCAACAGGCUGGCGGCCGUGGCCCUCCUGUACCUGGAGCAAGAGGAUGCAUUCUGGUGCCUGGUCACCAUAGUGGAAGUGUUCAUGCCUCGAGACUAUUACACGAAGACUCUCUUAGGAUCCCAGGUGGACCAGCGAGUGUUCAGGGACCUCAUGAGUGAGAAGCUGCCUCGGCUGCACGCCCACUUGGACCAGUACAAAGUUGACUAUACCCUCAUCACGUUCAACUGGUUUCUGGUGGUGUUUGUGGAUAGUGUCGUCAGCGACAUCCUCUUUAAAAUAUGGGACUCCUUCCUUUAUGAGGGACCAAAGGUCAUCUUCCGUUUCGCCCUAGCACUUUUCAAGUACAAGGAAGAGGAGAUCCUGAAGCUGCAAGACUCGAUGUCCAUCUUCAAGUAUCUGCGCUAUUUUACUCGCACUGUCCUUGACGCUCGGAAGCUGAUCAGCAUCUCCUUUGGAGACCUAAACCCAUUCCCCCUGCGUCAGAUCCGGAACCGGCGUGCCUACCACCUGGAAAAGGUCCGGCUGGAGCUGACGGAGCUGGAGGCCAUCCGGGAGGACUUCCUGCGUGAACGGGACUCCAGCCCUGAUAAGGGGGAGCUCGUCAGCGACGAGGAGGAGGACACCUGAGCACCAGCCGCCGCGCCCGCGUCACCCCGUGGCGCACCGGAGGGGGAGCUGCAGGCCCUGCUCCCUCGGAGCCAGUGCACAGCGCCGCGGUCUCUGGAGGCCCACCGGGCUGAUGGCCAGAGCCACAUGGCGCUUUCUCGUCCUGCUCGGGCCCUUCUGUUUACAGCUGUGUUUUGCACAGCGCUCGGUUACACACGUCCCCACCGUGCUUCUGCCUGAGGGGCAUGUUGCUGGGCUUCCCAGGCGGCUCUUCUCAAGAUCCUGUUCACAGCACCCGUUGGUGGUGUUGGUGCCCCCCCCAGAAAACCCCACACCAUGCCUCCUGGACGGAGGGAUGGUCGAGGGCAUCUUCUGCACAACUGCUCUGUGGAGGAUGCCCGCUGCUUCGGAUGCUCCCAGGCCCGGCAGCAGGCUGGCAUGAAGAGCAGUGCUUUGGAGCUGUCUGCCAGCCACCGCCCAUUUCCGAGCAACUUUGUCUCCCCCCACACAGCCUUUCAAACCAUGCUCGCAACCUGCCCUGGGGCCAGCUCUGCACCGCUCCACACCUGCUUCCCACCAGCAGCCAUCUUGGUGUCAGUCUGCCCUGGCCCUGCUGCCCUCUGUCUGGCCAAGCUCCGCAAGGCUUAUGAAAAUCUCUACCACCCAAGAGCUGACUCUGAGAGUCGUUCUCCAUGAAUCGGGUGGAUCCAAGGGAAUCUGGGUCCCCCUGUGGAGCGGGUGUAGCCCCAGAUAGGCCUUGGCUGCAGGCAGAGGAAGCUUCCCUGGGGAGGUUUGCAGGCAGGCUGCCUGGCGAAAGCUGUGGGGCGGCUGGAAGCUGGGGCUUCUCUGGGGCAUCCUGGGCUCCUGGCAACUGGGCUGGGAUGGCAGGGAGGUCGGCAGCCAGGGCCUGUGGCUGGAAGUGCCUUUGCUUGAGGCCCCAGCUUUGGUGAGGCUGCACAGACAUGCCCUCCAGGCCAGCACAGGUUUCACUCGUGGGCCCAGCUGUCCCUGGGACUCAGCCUCUUUGAAUCCCUGGAAAAGGGGCUUUGCUCAAGGAAGGUUACUGCUGCUUAAUCACUCCUGGACCACCCCUGAUGUAGAGAGGGGAGGAGGCUUCCUGCACAGUGUUAGUCAAACGUGAAAGCAGCUGUUUUAAGUGGUGUCCCACCGCCUAGGAAACGGGAUGACCCUUAGCUGAUGUGUAUCAACCCCACGGACUCAGAGUCAAGUGAAGCGUUUUUCACCUGUGGUUUUCUGUUCUGUCCACUGUCCAGCAGUGUUGUGGCCAGGUGGCAUCUCUGCAUAGACUGUUCUGUCCA